UUCUGUGUGUUUUUAAGUCAUGAUCACUCGGAUGAUAUUGAAUUUGAUGUUCAACAUUCUAACCAUAGUAGUGAUAAUCACAAGAAGUGAAAAUUCCAAUAGUCGUGAUGAUGAAAUAGAUCAACUCUUGAAGAAAAUCAACAAACCUUUUCUUAAGUCUAUUAAAAGUCCGGACAGAGAUAUAAUAGACUGCAUUCAUAUAAAAAAUCAUCCAAUUUAUGAUCAUGAAUUAUUUAAAAACCACACCAUUCAGAUGCAACCAAGUUAUGUCCCACAAGGAUCAAAAAAUGGAUCUACAAACACCCAAAACCAAAGUAUGUUGACGCAACUCUGGACAAUCAAUGGUAAAUGCCCAAAAAACAGUAUCCCAAUUAGAAGAACGAGAAGAGAAGAUAUUUUACGAAGAAGAUCGGUGGAAAAAUAUCGAAAACCUGGUUUUAACGAGGAUCCUGGUCUCUCACAUGAGUAUGCCAUAAUUAAAGUGGAUGGAACAUUUCAUGGAGCCAAAGCGGAUAUAAACGUGUGGAAACCUUACAUACAAACGCCAAAAGAGUUUAGCCUAGCGCAAUUGUGGCUUACAGGUGGCCCUAACUCAGAACUUAACAGCCUUGAAGUUGGGUGGCAGGUUUAUCCGGAACUUAAUGAUGACGAUAACCCUAGACUUUUUAUUUUUUGGACAAACGAUGGUUACAAGACAGGUUGCUACAAUCUUGACUGCCCAGGUUUUGUUCCUGUGAACAGAGCAGUUGUCGUAGGUUCGAUUAUUAAACCGGUUUCCACCUUGCGUGGCAAACAAUAUCAUAUUACAACAACUAUAUGGAAGGACCCUCAUACAGGGAAUUGGUGGUUAAAACUGAGUGAAAAUACAGUUUUAGGAUAUUGGCCUUCAAACCUGUUUAAACAUCUUCAAUAUGGUGCAAAUGGUAUUCAGUGGGGAGGAGAAAUUAUAAAUUUUAACGAUGAUUCACGACACACGACAACUAAAAUGGGGAGUGGUCAUUUCGCCGAAGAAGGAUAUAAGAAAGCUAGCUAUUUUAGGAAUCUUGAGAUCAUUGAGGAAGAUGACAGAUUCAAACUGCCUGAGAAAGGUUCUUCUUAUGUGACAAAAGCGAGUUGUUACAAUGUUAGGUCUUCCUUUGAUAGUAGAUAUGGAAUUAAUUUUUAUUAUGGAGGUCCUGGCCGAAAUCGAAAUUGUCCAUGACCAUAAAUAUA